GCAACGGCGCGCUUGAGAGCGAUCGCAUCAAGGCGGUGGAGACGGGGGGCUGUCCGCAUGCCGCCAUCCGAGAGGAUAUCAGUUCCAACUUGGCCGCCUGUGAAGCUCUAACUGAGCAGCAUGACGGCGUUCAGCUUAUCAUUUGCGAGAGCGGUGGCGAUAACCUCGCUGCCAACUUCUCGAGGGAGCUGGCGGACUACACCAUCUACGUCAUCGAUGUGGCCGGAGGUGACAAGGUCCCCCGCAAAGGUGGCCCUGGUAUCACGCAGUCGGAUCUGUUGAUCAUCAACAAGGUGGACCUGGCUCCGGCUGUCGGGGCCGAUUUGGAUGUCAUGGAUCGGGACGCGAAGAAGAUGAGAGGUACAGGGCCCACAAUCUUCGCGGCGGUGAAGCACGACCAGGGCGUGCGCGAGAUCGCCGGGCACAUCCUCUCCGCGUGGGAGCUGGCCACGGGAGGAGCUGCUUCUGGCAACGCCGCUUGAGCGUCCAGGUGCGGCCCCGAGAACCUUGCGUUUUGCAUGGCCGUCAAAAUGGCGCGCAAGUUGGCGCAGCGGC